AAAAAAGUGUCUCAAAAUUGUCCUUCAAUUUGCGAUUUGUAUAAAAAGCACUGAAAACUACAAAACCAUUCAUUCAUUCAUACAUUCAAUUGUCAAUUGUUUUAAACAAUUAUUUAAAAGCCAUUAAUUGUUGUAUAACUUAUUUUGGUUUCAUUUGAUAGAUAUUUCUCACAAAUCAUUUGUCAAUUCAAUUGAAUUUAAUUUAUUUCCUAUUUAUUUCAAUACAGUAAUUAAAUCGUGAACUAAACCGCAUAGAAGAUGAACAGCCCUUCAGAGCACAUCCCGUAUCAGUCGAAAGCAAACGAAGCCGACUCUAUGCUCGACCACUUGAGCGCACUCGACAUCGACUCCAAGCCUCAGUCCAUCCGUUUGUCCGGAAUUAUCUGCACUAUCGGUCCGGCGUCGCAGAAAGUGGACACAUUGGUGGAGAUGAUUAAGGCCGGAAUGGUGAUCGCGCGCAUGAACUUCUCACAUGGAGAGUAUGCGUAUCAUAAGGCGACCAUCGAUAACGUGCGAAUGGCAGCCGAAAAGGCGAGCCGAGAGCUCGGGAUCGCUAACUAUCCGGUGGCCAUCGCUUUGGACACCAAAGGACCCGAAAUAAGAACUGGUCUUUUGGAAGGCGGCCCGUCAGCCGAAGUGGAGUUAAAUAAAGGCGAAACCAUUAAAGUGACCACCGAUGAGGCCUUCGACAAGAAAGGCUCUAAAGAUGUGAUUUUUGUCGACUAUAAGAAUAUUACAAAAGUAUUAGUUCCCGGAAAUCGAGUCUUCGUUGACGACGGACUCAUCUCACUUGCCGUGAAAGAAGUCGGAUCCGAUCAUUUGAUCUGUGAGGUGGAGAACGGAGGGAAACUGGGCUCUAAGAAGGGUGUGAACCUUCCCGGAGCUAUCGUUGAUUUGCCCGCCGUUUCAGAAAAAGACAAAAAAGAUCUGGAGUUUGGGGUCGAGAAUGGCGUGGAUAUGAUAUUUGCAUCAUUUAUUAGAAACGGCGCCGGAGUUAAGGAAAUCCGUGCGAUUCUGGAGGCGAAGGGCGGGAAAGAUAUAAAAAUCAUAUCAAAGGUGGAGAAUCACGAGGGCGUCAAGAAGAUUGACGAGAUAAUAGCCGAGAGUGACGGCAUUAUGGUCGCCCGCGGAGACCUCGGCAUUGAAAUCCCGGCCGAGAAAGUGUUUUUGGCGCAAAAGAUGAUGAUCUCGAAGUGCAACGUCGCCGGAAAGUCUGUCAUUUGCGCGACACAGAUGUUGGAGAGUAUGGUCACUAAACCCAGGCCUACCAGAGCCGAGGUAUCCGAUGUGGCCAACGCUGUGUUAGACGGCGCCGAUUGUGUCAUGUUAUCGGGAGAGACGGCUAAAGGCCAGUACGCGCUCGAGACCGUACGGAUGAUGCACGCCAUCAGCUUAGAGGCCGAGUCUGCUAUGUAUACAAAGCACGUUUUUCAUGAGUUGAGUUACAAGACAAGAUCGCCGGCGGAUCCGACCACCACUAUAGCGAUUGCAGCGGUGAACGCGUCCCUCAAAUCGGUCGCAGCAGCCAUUGUAGUGCUGACCACUAGCGGUAAAACGGCUUACGAAGUGUCGAAGUAUAGGCCCCGGUGUCCCAUCAUUGCGGUGUCGCGCAACGCCCAGACCACACGUCAGGCACACUUAUAUAGAGGUCUUCUGCCCUUCCAUUACAACAAACAAAGAGACGAAUCGGAGGAUUGGAUGCAUGACGUGGACACUCGACUCAAGGAAGCCGUCGAGUUCGGCAAAAAGAGAGGCGCUGUUAAGUCGGGCGAUACGGUUGUGUUGAUAACCGGAUGGCGUAAGGGUUCCGGUUCUACGAAUACCCUCCGAAUCAUUGUUGUCGAGUAAAUGCAGUGUCCGAUCGCUAUAUAUGUAAUCAGAGUCAGUGUAUGUGUUAAAUGUAUUGAUUGAAUCGAGUAUAUAGUAUAGCAUUAGAUAAUCAAUUGAAAGGUCGAAUCAAUUCUAAUC